AUGCUCCCGCUUUCCAUCACCCGGCCCCAUUCUCCCGCAUUCCAUCGCCCUGCCCCAUUCUCCCGCUUUCCACCACCCUGCCAGAUUCUCCCUCCUUCCAUCACCCCACCCCAUUCUCCCGCUUUCCAUCACCCCGCCCCAUUCUCCUGCUCUCCAUCACCCCGCACCAUUCUCCUGUUUUCCAUCACCCCUCCCCAUUCUCCUGCUUUCCAUCACCCCGCCCCAUUCUCCCUCCUUCCAUCACCCCGCCCCAUUCUCCCUCCUUCCAUCACCCCGCCCCAUUCUCCCGCUUUCCAUCACCCCGCCCCAUUCUCUAGCUUUCCAUCACCCCGCCCAUUCUCCACAUUCCUUCACCCUGCCCCAUUCUCCCGCUUUCCAUCACCCCGCCCCAUUCUCCCGCUUUCGAUCACCCCGCCCCAUUCUCCCGCUUCCCAUCACCCCGCCCCAUUCUCCCGCUUUUCAUCACCACGCUCCAUUCUCCCGCUUUCCAUCACCCCGCCCCAUUCUCCCCCUUUCUAUCACCCCGCCCCAUUCUCCCUCUUUCCUUCUCCCUGCCCCAUUCUCCCUCUUACCAUCACCCCGCCCCAUUCUCCCGCUUUCCAUCACCCCGCCCCAUUCUCCCACUUUCCAUCACCCCACCCCAUUCUCCCUCCUUCCAUCACCCCGCCCCAUUCUCCCUCUUUCCAUCACCCCGCCCCAUUCUCCCGCUUUCCAUCACCCCGCCCCAUUCUCCCGCUUUCCAUCACCCCGCCCCAUUCUACCGCUUUCCAUCACCCCGCCCCAUUCUCCCGCUUUCCAUCACCGCGCCCCAUUCUCCCCCAUCACCCCACCCGAUUCUCCUGCUUUCCAUCACCCCGCCCCAUUCUCCCGCCCCAUUCUCCCGCUUUCCAUCACCCCGCCCCAUUCUCCCGCUUUCCAUCACCCCGCCCCAUUCUCCCUCCUUCCAUCACCCCGCCCCAUUCUCCCGCUUUCCAUCACCCCGCCCCAUUCUCCCGCUUGCAUCACCCCGCCCCAUUCUCCCACUUUCCAUCACCCCGCCCCAUUCUCCCACUUUCCAUCACCCCGCCCCAUUCUCCCUCUUUCCAUCACCCCGCCCCAUUCUCCUGCUUUCCAUCACCCCGCCCCAUUCUCCCGCUUUCCAUCACCCCGCCCCAUUCUCCCUCUUUCCAUCACCCCGCCCCAUUCUCCCGCUUUCCAUCUCCCCACCCCAUUCUCCCUCCUUCCAUCACCCCGCCCCAUUCUCCUGCUUUCCAUGACCCCGCCCCAUUCUUCCGCAACCAUCACCCCGCCCCAUUCUCCCGCUUUCUAUCACCCCGCCCCAUUCUCCUGCUUUCCAUCACCCCGCCCCAUUCUCCCUCCUUCCAUCACCCCGCUUCAUUUUCCCUCCUUCCAUCACCCCGCACCAUUCUCCCGCCUUCCAUCACCCCGCCCCAUUCUCCCUCCUUCCAUCACCCCACCCCAUUCUCUUUCCUUCCAUCACCCUGCCCCAUUCUCCCGCUUUCCAUCACCCCGCCCCAUUUUCCCGCUUUCCAUCACCCUGCCUCAAUCUCCCUCUUUCCAUCACCCCACCCCAUUCUCCCUCCUUCCAUCACCCCGCCCCAUUCUCCUGCCUUCCAUCACCCUGCCCCAUUCUCCUGCUUUCCAUCACCCCGCCCUAUUUUCCCGUUUUCCAUCACCUCGCUUCAUUCUCCUGUUUUCCAUCACCCCGCCCUAUUCUUCCGCUUUCCACCACCCCGCCCCAUUCUCCCGCUUUCCAUCACCCCGCCCCAUUCUCCCGCUUUCCAUCACCCCAACCCAUCCUCCCACCUUCCAUCACCCCGCCCCAUUCUCCCUCCUUCCAUCACCCCGAACCAUUCUUUCGCUUUCAAUCACCCUGCCCCAUUCUCCCGUUUUCCAUCACCCGCCCCAUUUUCCCGUUUUCCAUCACCCCGCCCCAUUCUCCUGCUUUCCAUCACCUCGCCCCAUUCUCCUUGCUUCCAUCACCCCGCCCCAAUCUCCCUCCUUCCAUCACCCCGCCCCAUUCUCCCACUUUCCAUCACCCCACCCCAUUCUCCCGCUUUCCAUCACCCCGCCCCAUUCUCCCGCUUUCCAUCACCCCGCCCCGUUCUCCCGCUUUCGAUCACCCCGCCCCAUUCUGCCGCUUUCCAUCACCCUGCUCCAUUCUCCCACUUCCCAUCACCACGGCCCAUUCUCCCGCUUUCCAUCACCCUGCCCCAUUCUCCCGCUUUCCAUCACCCCGCCCCAUUCUCCCUCCUUCCAUCACCCCGCCUCAUUCUCCCGCUUUCCAUCACCCCGCCCCAUUCUCCCGCUUUCCAUAACCCCGCCCCAUUCUCCCGCUUUCCAUCACCCAGCCACAUUCUCCCACUUUCCAUCAGCUCGCCCCAUUCUCCCUCCUUCCAUCACCCCGCCCCAUUCUCCCUCCUUCCAUCAUCCCGCCCCAUUUUCCCGCUUUCCAUCAGCCCGCCUAAUUCCCCCGCUUUCCAUCACCCCGCCCCAUUCUCCCGCU